CAAUUGGUGCGCCGGAAACUGCUCCAACUUCCCCGACUAUCAGAAAUUGCGGGAGCAUGUCCGACCCGGCGGCUGAAAGUGAACUUCAACACUCUUAGUUGUUGGUACCUUCGAUUCUUCAGACUCACCACAUCGCUCCGACUAUCUCAGAAGGGUGGAACAACAUGGCGCCCUCGCUGUUAUCAAGGACCAUCCAAGGCGUUACCGUGACUGGUGUUGCAUCGGUUGGCGCAUUCUACGUAUGGACGAAGCACUGCCAAAUGACACCGCUGGACCGAUUUACGCCAGCUACAGAGCCACUCUUUCGAAGUGAAUGGUACAAGAAAUUCAACCCGCUGCAGAACCCGACAACACACGAUGAGUGCAUAAGGCGAAUCCCGUUGUUCAAGCUACGGCCAGAGCUGGUCGAGGAUGCGCAGAAAGGAGGGUCGAAGUUGGUCGAGGCUUUCAGUCAGGGAAUCUGGGGUGGUCCAGGUUAUACCAUUCAACGUUUAUACUUGCAGCGGAAAUACCGCAACGACACCACAACGGCGCAUCAACUCUGGACGCCGGAAGACUUGAAGACUUCGACGUACGACAAGGGUACUGAAAUCACAGAUCACUUCGUCGUGUUGGACAAAACACCAAGCUCGAUUCUCAUCCGUUGUGGUGAUUCACCGCUACAUAAUCCUGACACCAAUCGACCGAGCGACGGCCUGUUCGAGAUCAGUGCCACUACCGACUUGAACCAGGGAUUUGCCGAGUUCAGGCUCAAGAGUAUCUUCUAUCAAGGCGAGGGCGAGGUACCAGACAAGACGCAACAGCCCAUGACGGGAUACGUGCUCUAUCUACACACGCUCUACACGAAGCUGUGGAUGGAGAGUGCUAUGAGUCGUAUCAAGCAAUGA